UGCUGUCAUCGAGGCAGCCAGUAUUUUUAGGGGACAGCAGCAGCUGCAAAAGCAUUUAUCGGUAUUCCACGAACAAUGACACUUGGGGUGUCUAAGGCCUGAACAACACAGUGAUCGUAGGACCACUCCGAAGUUGUUAAGCGGGAAUCUCGUGAGGAUAGUGAAGUCCAGUUCCCCCUCCUGCGGGACAGAUAGUCUCACACAUGAACUGGAGUGGAACUUGGGACCUUUGAGGAGCAUGUGUCUGAAUCUGAAGUCAACCUGGGACAUUACUCAGCCUUCAGGAGACGGGUGGCAUUGCUUCUCAGCUCGAAGCAAGACUGCAAUUGCGGAAUGUAUGUUGACGGUCGUUCCUGGCGACUGAAGCGAGAAAUUUGCAGUGCAGGGGUUGGACCAUCUUCUCCCAGUGAGACGCUGCCACAGGUGAAGUAAAGGUAACUCAGGAGCAGCAAUGGAUGUGUUUGGUGGAGCGCCACGUUUCUUGGCCUACCCAAGACCUGUGAUGGUACAAACUGGGACUGAUGCUGUUCUGAAGUGUCAAAUCGGUGGCGAUCCACGGCCCGCGGUGAUCUGGGAGCGCAACAAUGAAAAGAUUGACCUGCAAGGACAAUACAGGGUCUUUGAGGAUGGAAACGUUUACAAUCUCAUCAUUUCUGCCGUGACCUCAGAUGACAGCGGACAGUACAUUUGCAAAGCAAAGAACAGCAUUGGGGAAACGUAUGCAGCAGCAACACUGAACGUGGAGGGUGAGGCACAAGAGAUGGAGCUACGAGAGGAGAAUAAGCCACGGUUCCUCAUCAAGCCGCUCUCCACCCGUGCAGGUCGUGGGGAAGAUGCUGUCUUCUCCUGUAAGCUGUGGGGAAAGCCACGGCCGGAGGUUGUCUGGGAAAAGGACGGCCGGAAACUCAAUGAAAUAUUUGAAAGCACACAUUUCACUGUGGGCUACCAGGACGGUGGAUGGUUCCAGCUCAAGAUUUUUAAGACUCGUGCACCAGAUGGUGGAGUAUAUACAUGCAAAGCCAGGAACGAGUUUGGGGAAUCAUUGGCAGGAGCUGUGUUGCUCGUCGACGCAGGCCCGGGACACGAGGAAGAGGGAAAUCGUAAUGGCUACACAAACGGCCACCGGAAAGGCCACCAGGGAAAACAGAGGAUCGGUAGGCAAGUGCCAAACCGACUCAAAGACGACACCGUGACCAAGUCUACCAAAGUCAAAAUGUUUGCCGUGACGGAGGGCAAACAUGCCAAAUUCCGCUGCUUCGUGACUGGUAAACCCAAACCAGAAAUAAUCUGGAGGAAAGACGGCAGGCUGAUACUGUCGGGAAGGCGUUAUUUGUUAUACGAGGACAGAGAAGGAUACUUCACACUUAAAGUUCUGUACUGUAAGCAGAAGGAUAACGGCGUUUAUGUCUGUGCUGCAUCAAACACAGCAGGCCAGACCCUCAGUGCUGUACACCUCACCGUGAAGGAGCCGCCUGUGCGGUUCAAGCAGCCCCUCAUCGAUCUGGAGGUGUGGGAACGAGAUUUGGCCGUUCUGGAGUGUGAAGUUCCAGAGGACUCUGUUCCCAUCACGUGGUAUCUGGAAGACAGACGGCUGCAGCCAGGGGCCAAAUAUGGAAUGGAGGAGUGGGGAACAAAAAGACGACUAACUAUCCGUGACAUCGGAGUUGAUGACGAUGGGAUUUACCUCUGUGAGAUGCCCGACGGGGGGAGAAGUAUUGCAGAGGUAGCUGUGAAAGGUACAAUUUUGCGGAAGCUCCCGAGAAAGGUGGACGUCCUGGAAGGUGAAAACGCUGCCUUUUGUGUUGAAGUGGAAAAGGAAGAGAUGGACAUACACUGGUACAAAGACGGCACAGAGCUGCGGGAAACCCAUCAGACAAUUCUCAAGUCCUUCGGUCGAACUCACAUUCUGGUCUUUGUCAACACGAUGCCCCAGGAUGCUGGACUUGUGACGUUCCUUGUAGGCAGAUCCAAGACCUCCUCUCAGCUAAGAGUAAAAGCGGCCAGACAUUGUCCUCCCAGUUGUCCAGUGGGUGUGCAGAUCAACACUGAGCGGGCAAAUGCUGCUCUUCUAUCGUGGGCUCCUGCGCAGGACUCGCGUAAAAAUCCUCCAUCCGGAUACGUGCUUGAACGGCAGGAGGUGGGCACCGGUUCACAAGAGUGGCUACAGUGCCUCACCACUGAUUCUGCCACGUCUGUGGAGAUCCUCGGUGACAGUGUACCAUGUGAGGCCGAUUAUCGAUUUCGCAUUUGCAGCGUUAACAAAUAUGGAAAGAGCAACAAUGUCGAGUUCCCUAAAGCUGUUCACCUGGUUCCGGUGACCAGAAUACAAGCUCCCUUACAGGAUGCCCUGGUGCCGGAGGGACAAGAUGCCAUCUUCUCCAUUGAGCUCUCCGCUUCAGUUAUUGGUACAUGGUUCUUGAACGGUACUCAGCUUCAGGAGGACGAACGUUUUUUCAUGCGUCGCUCACGAACACACGAAUCGCUUCGCAUUCGAGCAGUACGUGAUACAGAUAACGGGGCGGAGAUCACAUUCAUUGCCUAUGGCAUCCGGGACUCUGCAGCACUGUACAUUCAAGCUCCUCUUGUCAAGUUUUCAUCAAUGUCAGAAAUGGAUCGGAACAAGUUUGUAGAAAUUGGGAACCCCAUUGUUCUCUACUGUGAGCUGUCAGACCCUGCAGCUGCAGUGCACUGGUUCAAGAACGGGGUGGAGUUACAAACAAUGGAGGGUCUUCAUAUUCAAUCGGAGGGCACCAUGAGAAGAAUUGUCAUCCAAUCAGCAGAGUUCUCACACUCCGGAGUGUAUUGCUGCGAUGCCAUUGAUGACAUCAUCAGGUUCAAUGUGGAAGUAGAGGCCCCGCCUGUGAGGUUUACAGCAAUUCCAGAUGCUGAGAGGACCAAAAGCAUCCAAACAGGCUGCCCCAUUGUUUUACAAUGUGAGCUCUCAGAUCCCUCUGCCCAGGUGUACUGGUACAAAGAUGGGUCAAAGCUCCAUCCUCAAAAUGGAGUAGACACACAAAGUGAGGGCCUGGGAAGAACACUGAUUGUGCAUUCAGCAGAAUUUUUCCACUCUGGGUUGUACUGCUGCAAGACAAAGGGUGACGCCAUCACGUUCAGUGUGGACAUCAAAGCUCCACCUGUGAAGUUCUCAGCAAUCCCCGAUGACAUGAGGACCAAGUCGAUCGAAGCAGGCUGCCCUGUAGUACUCCAGUGUGUGGUGUCAGAUCCCGAGGCGCACGUUUGCUGGUGCAAGGAUGAAAUCCAGCUCGUUUCAAACUCUGCCAUAGAAAUUCACUCAGAGGGCAACACGAGGACAAUAGUUGUUCAGUCUGCAGAGCUGUGCCACUCUGGUGUGUACAGAUGCGCCACACUGGACGAUAUCGUGGAGUUUCACGUGGAGAUCAAAGCUAUACCAGUGACGUACUCUACUAUCUUUGACGUUGAGAGAACCAAGUCACUUGAAGCAGGCAAAGCUCUGGAGCUGGAAUGUGAGGUUGCAGACUCCACUGGGCCUGUCUGCUGGUAUAAAGACGGUGUAAGGCUCCUCCCGGAAAAUGGUUGGGAUAUACUGAGUACUGGCACGUUGAGGAGACUUAAUAUCCCAUCGGCUGAGCUCUUGCACUCAGGGCUGUACAGCUGUGAAACCUCUGAUGACACUAGCCACUACACUGUGGAUAUUAAAGCUCCAACGUUGCCAUUGUCGCCAGCACCAGACCUUGUGGAGACGCAGUCACUUGAGGCCACGUGUCCCACUGAACCAGCAUGUGAGCCCUCAGGCCCUGCUGCCCAGGUGUCAUGGCAGAGGGACACAGAACGUGAUUCUAAUACACAGCCUGAUUUUGAAACGGAGGCCGUCCAGAAGACCCUUGUUAUUGAACCAACUCAUCCUUCAAACUCUGGAGCGUACUAUUGUGCGACAGCAGAUGAUGUUGCCCAGUUGAUAGUAGAAAAUCAAGUGCCCUCUCCAAAAUCUCAGCUUGGUUCUGAUGCUGAGAAGACAAAGUCUGCGGAUGAGUGCUGCCCAAUUGUUCGGCAAUUUGAGAUUUCAGAUCCCGUUGCCAAAGCCUGUUGGUACAAAGACGGAACCCAGAUCUACCCUAAAAGAGCGGCUGGUUGUGAAUCACAGAGCAGCAGCCCAGCCUUGCCCCCCCAGUCACAUGACUUGUCUGGCGAUGAGAGUCUUGGCUGUGACACAACGGCUGAUGCUGCACAGUUAAAUGUGGACAUGAAAGGUGGUGUUCCACGAUGUAUUUGCACAAUUAAGAAUCCAGAAUUUAGUGACAUACGUGAAGCUCAUUGUUUUCUCUUUGGCUUUGUCCAAACAGCAGAGCAGUGUCACUAUGGUGACGAAAUUGGUGAGAUAGCUGAAGCAUCCGCCCAAUACACUGUGGAUGUCCAAGCUACAUCGCCAAGGCUCUCUUCUGACCGAGAGAAGAUCAAGCCCACCGAAGAGGCUUUUCCUGUGGAAGUUGUCAGCCGGUCAACAAAAUGGAAAUCGGGCAUCUUCGGUGGCAGGACAGGAGAUGCGCAGACAUAUGAAGACCAUUCCAGGCAAAUGCCAACUUCUCAAUCAACAUGUGAAUAUUCAAGUGACUGGAUUCAAACUGAACAGUCAAAGGAACUCUCAGACAAUGAACCUGCAGUUUACCCUAACUCUGCAAAGCCAACAAUAAUGCAAUCUGACACACGUCACCAUCAAACUCCGAAGUCCACAGAAUCACAUGGUGAAGAAUUAAUUCACUAUAUUCAGCAUCCAGAAGGUCCAUGUGAAGAGUUCGAUGAAUCCCUGCAGACGGAUAAGUUCUGCAAUCGUCUGCAAACUUCAACUGGUGAAUUAGAGGAGAUACACAGCUCAGUACAGAUGGCAACUGUCCAGUCAAAUCUAGGGAGCCCCCUACAGACUUCCACCACCCAGUCUGAACACCUUAAUAACCCAAUUCAGAUUUCAACAGUCAAAUCAGACAAGCUCUGUAACACCUUAAAAACUGCAGAUCUCCUCCAGUCAGAGGAGACCUUUACAACCUUUCAUGCUUCAGAUGUUAUAUCAGAGAAGCCCUUUAAAACCUUACCGUGUGCAAUUACGCAAUCAGAGGAGCCCACGACAUCCUUGCAUACAGCAAAUGUCCAAUCAGAGGAGCCCUUUAAAUCCACACAAUGUGCAAUUAGCCAAUCAGACGAUCUAUUAAAAUCCUUACAUGCUGCAACUCUACAAUUAAAGGAGACAUUUACACCCCUACAUACUGCAACUGUCCAAUCAGAGAAGCCCUUUAAAUCCUUGCAGUGUGCAAAUACCCAAUCAGAGGAGCCUCCUACUUCCUUACAUGCUGCAACUGUCCAAUCAGAGCAGCCCUUUGAAUCCUUACAGUGUGCAAAUACCCAAUCAGAGGAGCCUCCUACUUCCUUACGUGCUGCAACUGUCCAAUCAGAGACGCCCUUUAAAUCCUUACAGUGUGCAAAUACCCAAUCAGAGGAGCCUCCUACUUCCUUACGUGCUGCAACUGUCCAAUCAGAGAAGCCCUUUGAAUCCUUACAGUGUGCAAAUACCCAAUCAGAGGAGCCUCCUACUUCCUUACAUGCUGCAACUGUCCAAUCAGAGCAGCCCUUUGAAUCCUUACAGUGUGCAAAUACCCAAUCACAGGAGCCUCCUACUUCCUUACGGGCUGCAACUGUCCAAUCAGGAAAGCCUUUUAUAUCUCCACAUAUUUCUACUAUCCAAUCAGAGAAGCCUUUUACGUCCUUACAUUCCGCAACUAUCCAAUCCAAGGAGCCGCUUAAAUGUUUACAGACUACAAUUAUCCAAUCAGAGGAGCUUGGUAGCUCCUUGCAGACAUCAGCUGCUCCAUCAGAGAAGCCUCUUGAAAACUUACUGACUGAAACUGUCCUUUCAGUGGGCCCCUGUAACUCCUCAUUGGCUGCAACUGACCAGUCAAAGGAGUUUAACAGACCCCUACAGACACUGACUGUCCACUCGGAGAAGCUCAGUGACUUCCCUGAUACUACAUCUCCUCAAUCAUUGGACUCGUGUAACUCUAACAAGGCAGAACUUGUCCAAACAGGGAAGGAUUACAACUCACGACAGUUUGCACAUGUCAAAAUGGAUGACCUCUGUUGCACAGGACAAGCAGAACCCAACCAUGCAGAGGUGAUCUAUCCAUCCAUGCAAGCUGCAACGAUCCAAGCAGAGAGUGAUCACACCAUGGAGACCACAGAGGACCAAGUAGAAAGCACAGUAAACUCUGGGCAGAGACCAUCUACUGAGUUUGCAGAGCCCGACUAUAUCAAGCAGGCCUCGAUAGUCCAAUCUGAAGAGAUCUACCUAUCAAGGACAUGUGACAGUCAUUGGAUCGACAGUUUUACUACAAAUAAGGUGGCUGUUGAAGCUCUGCCUGUGACAAUUACAACACUGUGUGAGGCUGAGAGGAACAAGUCUGUCGAAGCCGGUGAACCCAUAGUACUUCAAUGUGAGGUAUCAGAUCCUAACGCUCAAGUUGCUUGGUACAAGGACGGAAUAAAUCUACGUGACGCAGCUGGACAAGAUAUGGUGGCCGAGGGUUUCAUAAGAACACUGGCUGUCCGGUCGGCGAUGCCGUCUCAUGCAGGGAUUUACAGCUGCAAGACGACCGAUGACGCAGUGCAGUUUCAUGUGGACGUUAAAGCUCCACUUCCGGAGGUCUCAGCUUUAUCUGAGGCUGACCCGACAGAGACAGUCGUGGCCGACUGUCCUGUUGCUCUACAAUGUGAGCUGUCAGAGCCCACUGGACAAGUCAGUUCGUCCACGGAUGGAACUGAGCUCCUUCCUCAAAGUGGAGUAGACUUCCAGUCAGAGGGGAAUUUGACGAGUCUAGUUGUCCCAUCGGCCGAGCAGGCUCACACUGACGUACACCGCUCAUCACCUGUGAAGUUCUCUGAGCUUCGAGAGAGUGACGGGAACAAGUCCGUCCAGGAAGGCUCUCCCAUUAUCCUCCGCUGUGAUCUCGCUCACGAUCCUUCCGCUCACGUGGACUGGUACAAGGAUGGAACGCAACUCCUGCCACAAAAUAAUGUAGAGAUAGAGUCAGAGGGUCUGACGAGGACGCUGCUCAUCCACUCGGCUGAAAUCACACACGGCGGCACCUACGAAUGUUCAACAUCAGACGACACCGUUACAUUUAAAGUGGACGUAAAAGGCCGAUCACCACAGAUCAUGCCAAUCACCCCGUCUGAAAAAUGCAAGAGGAUUGCAGUUGGUUUUCCAAUAAUUCUCCAGUGUGAGGUCUCAGAGCCUGUUGCCCAGGUCUCCUGGCUUAAAGAUGGGGUGGAGCUUUUUUGCAAAACAGGCCUCGAUAUGAAAAGAGACGGCAGCUUGAGAAAGUUAAUGAUUCCUUCUGCUAAGGUCUCCGACUCUGGCCUUUACAGCUGUAGCCUCGCCGAUGACGUUGUGACAUUCCAAGUGGACAUCGAAGCUGCUCCUGUGAGGUUUUCAGCACUUCCAGAGAUUGCAGGAGACAAACUUAUUGAGGCAAGCUGCCCCAUUAAGAUGCAGUGUGAAGCAUCAGAGCCAACCGCCCAAGUCUAUUGGCACAAGGAUGGAGAACAGCUGCUUCCAGAGACUGUUCCAGAGGCUGAGAGGAACAAGUCUGUUGAAGCAACUAGCCUGACCGAACCGCCGUGCGAGACGUCCGACCCUGCAAACCAGACCCGCUCGCACCAGGAUGGAGUAAAAAUCUUGCCCAAGUCGGGAGUAAACGUUGAUUCAGAAGGCAGUAAGAGGACUCUUGUUAUGAAGUCAGCCCCUUCUUCGAACUCUGGGGUGUGCGACAGUAGAACUGACGACGAUUCAGAUUUCGACGAUUUCUAUGUGGAGGUGAAAGCCCCACCGGUGACAUUUGCGGAUAUUCCCGAGGAGGAGCUUUUCAGGAGUGUUGUGGAAAGAGAACCGCUUGUUCUGUCAUGUGACGUAUCGAGGACCGACGGCGCUGUCCAAUGGUACAAAGACGGAGCUGAAAUGAAACCGAGCGAUAAUGUGUCACUGCAAACAGACGGCACCAGGCGAGACCUGACUAUACGUUCAGCCCAACUGUCCGACACGGCCACAUACACGUGCCGGGCAGGAGACCACGUUUUAAUCUUCAAGGUCACCAUACGAGAACCUCCGGUGAUGAUAGUCUACCCCAAGGAGGAUGUCCAUCUCGACCGUCAUGUCCCCGACGAAAUUAUCCUGAGCUGCGAACUGUCUCGUGCCAACGGUGUUGUCAGCUGGUUCAAGGACGGUCAAAAGCUGCAGGACAGCGAGAACAUCAAACUCAAGAUCGAAGGCCCUUAUCGACGACUCAAGAUUAUUUCCAGCGGAGUCGACGAUUCUGGAGAAUACGUCUGUGACACGGCUGACGAUUCAAUAUUCUUUCACCUUUGUAUAACAGAACCUCCGGUGCGAAUCGUAUCCCCAAGUCAGUCGCAAAUGGAACUGUGCCAGCAAACCUCCGAGAGGAUGGUUCUGAGCUGUGAGAUCUCACGGCCCAACGCGGCGGUGCGCUGGUACCGAGACGGACUUGAAGUGGAGGAGAAUGACAACCUCAUCCUGGAGGUGGAUGGUGUCUACAGAAGACUUAUUAUACCCGAAACUACCGUCAAAGACUCUGCAGAGUACGUGUGUGACACAGCAGACGAUUCCAUGACGUUCUUUGUAAACAUAGCAGAGGCUCCUGUUCGCUUCAUACGUGCGAGGAAGAUGGCGAGUAGAGUAGAGAAGCCGACGGGGGAGACUCUGGUUCUAGACUGUGAAGUUUCAAGGUCAAAUGCUGAGGUCAUCUGGAAGAAGAAUGGGGAAGAAAUAGAAGACUCCAGAAACAUCACCAUCCUCGAUGAUGGUGUUGUGCGUCAGUUGACCAUUCACUCCUUAACAGAGAAAGACGCUGGGCAAUAUGUCUGUGAUGCAAAAGACGACGUCAUGGAUUUUAAUGUAAAAGUGCAAGAGUUGCCCGUAAAAAUUCUGGGAAAAACUGAGGCAAAAACAGAAAAGCAGUUCUUAGUGUCAGAUGACGUUAUUCUCGUGUGUGAACUCUCGAGAUCCAAUGUGUCAGUCAGUUGGUACAAAGACAAUCAGCUAAUUGACGACACUGAGCGAUACUGUAUUGAGGAACAAGGGGUUUUCCGAUCACUGGUUGUCCUAAAUGCUGGGCUCCGGGAUUCAGGAGAGUACACUUGUGACGCAGUGGAUGAUAAGAUGGUCUUCUAUAUCACUGUCCAAGAGCCUCCAGUGCAGAUCAUUGGAAACUCGGGCCACCCAGAGCAUCACAUCCUGGUGGCAGGGGAUGACCUUAUUUUGGAGUGUGAGGUGUCUCGGCCAAAUGCCGCUGUUCAGUGGUUAUGGAACGGAAAGAUACUGAAACCAGAUCCUCGUAUCAAAAUCGACAGCCAUGACGUUGUGAGGAAGCUUGUUCUCUCUGGACUUCAGCCCUCGGACUCUGGAAAAUACAUUUGCGAUGCCGUCGAUGACAAACUGAUAACGCUUGUCGAGGUUCAAGAGCCAACGGCCAUGUUUUUGAAUAAAGAAGCAAGUAACAACAUCUCAGCCCAUGAAAAUGAGAGUGUCACACUGUGUGCCGUUGUGAGCCGCGGACGGGCUAAUGUUCGCUGGCUGAAAGAUGGCCAACUGCUCAACCAGGAUAACAUUCACAUUUCCAGCGAGGGUAAUACGCACAAGCUCACCAUUAAUCCCCUGCAGCUGUCGGAUUCUGGAGCGUACGUCUGUGACAUAAACACAGAUGAGAUGUUUUUCACUCUUUUAGUCAAAGAAAUGAAGGUGAAAUUUAUCAGACCAGUGGAGAAUACUGUGUGUGUGAAGGGAAGCAGCCUCACGCUGCGAUGUGAGAUCAACAAGCCCAAAGGAGACGUGCAGUGGCUGAAGGACGGGCGGGAGAUCCCCCCGAGCCGGCGGCACACGAUACGGGCACAAGGUCGAGAGCGAAUCUUCACCAUCCACCAAAUAGUGGAGGAAGAUGCUGGAGAAUAUACCUGUGAAUCCACAGAUGACAGGACCUCCUCCACCGUCAGUGUGGAAAUUCCCCGUGUGGUGGAGUUCAUUGCGGAGCUGCGUAACAUCACGAUCCGUGAGGGAGAAGACGCCGUUUUUAAGUGCGUGGUGUCACCGGAGGACACUCAGUUGGUGUGGCGCCUCAACGGCAAACAAGUAGCUCUCAAUGAGCGCACUGUCAUUUCAAGCAACGGACUGUGCCACAUGCUCUGCAUCCACAACUGCAUGGUUUCAGAUAGCGGCAGAGUGACAGCUGACGCAGAGGGGUGGGUUUCAGAAGCAGAGCUCCAGGUUCAAGAGGAACAGGUGCUAUUCACCAAGAAAAUGAAGCCUGUUGUCGCUGAGGAAUACGGCGAGGCCCUCCUGGAGGUGGAGGUGAGCGUGGAUUCAGAAGAGGUGCAGUGGAUGAGGCAAGGGGUGCUGAUCCACCCCGACGCCAGGUACGCCCUGAAGCACAAGGGCCAGAAGCACAGUCUGGCCAUACGCAAACUGGCCAUGUCUGACCGGGGCACCUACAGCUGCGAAACCCUCCACGACCGCACGCAGGCCCAGCUUACAGUGGAACCUCGCAAAAUCACCAUCAAGAAGGGACUGACCGACAUCACAACCACGGAGAGGGAAACGGCCUCCUUCGAAGUGGAGCUCUCUCAUCCCAACGUCCCGGGCACUUGGCUGAGAAACGGAAUCAAACUCAAGCCGACAAAUCACUUCCGUACGAGCGCCAAGGGACAAGUCCACAGCCUCAGCAUCUCUCACCUCUCGGUGGAAGACACCGGCUCCUUCGUGUUCUCUGUGGACAAUCUGAAGACGACCGCGAGGCUCGUUGUGAAGGAGCCCCCAGUGACCAUUUUCAGAAAACUGGAGGACCAGAGAUUCCCCGACGGAUCAGUUAUCGCUAUUGAGUGCGAACUGUCGAGACACAACGUCGAUGUAAAAUGGUUCAAGAACGAGGUCGAGUUGAAGCCCAGCAAGGAGCUGCGCAUUUAUGCGAUGGGAAGAAAACGAUUCCUUCAGAUCCUGAAAUGUCACGUCUGUGAUUCUGCCAUUUAUACCUGCGAUGCUGGAGAUGCCACCACAUCCUGCACCGUGGAGGUCUACGAGCGCGAGCUGUUGAUCGUGCAGGCCCUCGAGGACGUGGACAUCCAGGAGGACCAGAACGCCGUGUUUGUCUGUGAGAUCUCAGUGGAGGACGUGCCUGGAGAAUGGUACAAGAAUGGGGAGAGGAUUCAACCGACCAGUUCCAUCAAGAUCCGCCAGGAAGGGACCAAACAUUUUCUUCUCAUGUGCAGUGUGCGAGCGGAGGACUCUGGAGAGAUCAAGUUUGUCGCCAGACAUGUUGAAUCUGUCGCUCACCUGGAGGUGGAAGAGAUUCCUGUCAACAUUGUAAAACCUCUGCAGGAUAAGACCGUGCUCGAGAAGACCCGAGGGAUUCUGGACUGCGCCGUGUCCAACUCCAGAUGCAGCAUCCGCUGGUACAAAGGCUGCAACGUCAUCCUGCCCUCGGAGCGCUUCGAGAUCAGCAGCGAAGGCUGUUAUCGCAAACUGAUCAUCCAGGAGGUGGCGCUGCAUGAUGAGGGCAUGUACAGUGUCCAGGUUGGAGAGCACUCGUGCUCCGCAAAGCUGACAGUGGAAACCCAGUCUAUGUUAAUGGUCAGAGAGCUGAGGGAUGUGGAGGUCGUGGCCCCCGAUGACGCCACCUUCGAAUGUGAGGUGUCCAACCUUGUUGCCGAAGCCCCUGAGUGGAGUUUGAAGGGGGAGCCCCUGCAGCCCAGCUCUCUGGUCCAUGUGGAGAAGAUGGGCUCAGUCCACAGACUGACGCUCAGCCAGACGUCCCCGGACAUGAGCGGAGAGGUGGAGUUCACCUCCGGGAGAGCGAAGAGCGGCGCUCAGCUCCGGGUGCUGAGUGAUGCCUGAGUGAUGUCUUCUCUCUGUCGUCGCCUCGUCGCCUCGAACUCACGUUGGGACAUCGACGUUGUUAUUUACACACAGUCUAACUAAGAGGUUGAAACAGGGUUUGUGAUGCGGUUCGAUUUAUUCGAGGAUUGAGAUUUAUGUUAUAUAAAAUGUUGUCAACGUGUGUGAAGCCGUUUCACAGAGCAGUUCCUCUGUAAUUAUAUUUAAGUGCAGUUUGAUUGUAAAUAAUUGUUGUGUGUGUGUGGAAGUGUCGUGACUGUUACUGUGUUAUGAAGGCUCCAGCUGAUUGUGUAUUUGUGCUAAUAAGGUCUGAUAUAAAUAUUGUAAAAUUAAAAAGGCUUCUGUAGUGGGAAUGGUUAGACUCAAACAAGAACAUUUCAAAUAUCUAGUUCAACAUAAUGACGCAUUUUUGCUUCUCUUUAAAUCUGCAUAUCUUCAACCAGAGCUGAUUUACAGGCUAAUUAUGCAGUUUUUUUUUUUUUAAUGCAAUAUAACCUGAUUUACAUCCUGUGUACUUCCCCCGUAUAUCUGAGCAUGGUGUUGUGUCUGUUGUGGCAGUUUUUUAUUUAAAUAGCAGUGACAUCACGCGUCAGGUGAUUCCACUGCCGGAGACACAUUCUAAUUGACCCCCUUCAUAUCCCCAUCAAAUUAAAGGUUUAGAUCCGGGCAGCAGCUCUAAUCUCAGUCUCUUCUCAUCACUUGUCCAUUGUAUAGAAAUUAUUUUUUACGUUUUGAUGACAUUUUUAAAUUAAAAAUGGUGGCUUGUGAUGUAAAUACAUUGGGCCAAAAAAAAAAAUCAAGUAAUUCAAGAGAACUAGGUCACAGAAAAUUACUUGAUCACCUUGAUUGAUAACCAGCUUGAUUUGCUGACGUGCGUGUUGAGUGGGUUUUUACAUUUGAACUUAUUGGUGAAUGAUAAGUUGUUUUCAUAUCAACUCUGUGCCAUAUUCCAUUUUUUCCAUUGGACUUGUUUCCCCCCCCUGCUAUGUUGUGUUGAGCGUCAGGUAUGUCGGGGGGGAAAUAAGUACUGAAGUGAAAUAAGACCCGUUUCAAUAAAACAUGCUUUAUUGAUGCAAGGUAGAAAUAUUUGUCUUUUUUUUUUUUGCAAUCUUAACCAUUUGUCAGCAGCAAUUUAAAAACUUUUUUUUUUUAUUUAAUUUUUUUAAAACACGAGGCAUAUCUUUAAUACUCUGGUUGUAUAAUACAGUAAAAAAAGAAAAAAAAAAAAA